GGAUUGCAAGUAUUAGCAACGGAGUUGCAGAGAUGAAAAUGAUGGCUAUGUAGAAGUAACAAUACUUGAUGAUAUGUUGCUUCCAUCUUCAGGAAAUCCUAUAGGGCCGUGCAAUUUUGGUUCCAACAUUGGAUGUCAUUGAUUAUAUAAAUGAACAUACGACAUGGAUGAAUCCCAAUGAGGAAUCACACAAUUAUCUUAGUUCUAAAAAGGCAAAAUAUAGAGACUAGAGAGUGCUAAUUUGUGAUUUGGAGCCAAUUGAACGCCAUGGACCAAUUGAAACCAAGCUUGCCAAAUUCGUGUCCUCUCACGCCAUUGUCAUUCCUCGAAAGAGCUUCCAUUGUUUACGGCGAAUGCGCUUCCCUCGUACACAACUCCGCCGUCUACACCUGGUCCGACACCUACACGCGGUGUCGCCGCCUCGCCUCAUCCAUCUCCACCGUCAUUGGACCCGGGAAGGGCCACGUCGUCUCCGUCGUCGCUCCCAACAUUCCGGCCACCUACGAGCUCCAGUUCGCCGUCCCGAUGGCCGGCGCCGUCCUCAACAACAUCAACACCCGUCUCGACGCCCGGACGAUCUCCGUUCUCCUCUCCCACGGCGAAUCGAAGCUGGUCUUCGUCGAUUUCCAGUUCUACCCCUUGGUUCUCGAGUCAAUUUCGUUACUGCCACUCCACGGUCAACGCCCGUUAUUGGUCAUAAUCGAAGAUGAACAGAGGAGGGAUUGUGAAGCUAGAAAGGAUAGUUUAGUCUAUGAUACUUACGAAGGGCUGGUCCAAAUAGGGAAUCCGGGUUUCAAUUGGACCCGACCCGCCGGAGAAUGGGAUCCAAUGACACUUAAUUACACCUCCGGCACCACUUCAUCCCCCAAAGGAGUGGUGCAUUCUCACCGGUCAAUCUUUGUUAUGACCGUUGACUCUUUGAUCGGGUGGUUCGUCCCGGACCGCCCGGUCUACCUUUGGACGUUGCCGAUGUUCCAUUCCAACGGGUGGUGCUACACUUGGGGCAUGGCCGCGGUUGGCGGGACCAAUGUGUGCUUACGAAAACUCGACCCCGAUCUCGUAUACUCUUACAUCGAGAAAUACAAUGUAACACACAUGUGUGGUGCGCCCGUGGUACUUAACAUGUUGGCUAAUUCUCCACGGGCCAAACCGCUCGAGUCCCCCGUUCAGUUCCUCACGGGCGGAGCUCCUCCUCCCGCGACUGUGGUCAUGCGCAUUGAAUCACUCGGGUUCAAUGUGAGCCACGGGUACGGGUUGACAGAGGUUGCGGGGGUGGUGGUGUCUUGUGCGUGGAAACCGAAAUGGAACGGGCUCAGGGCGGAGGAACGGGCAAGACUGAAGGCGAGACAAGGAGUGAGGACGUUGGGGAUGAUGGCAGCGGACGUGGUAGAGGCAGGGUCUGGGAAGAGCGUGAAGCGAGACGGGGUCACGGUGGGGGAGAUUGUCCUAAGGGGACAAUCCAUAAUGUUGGGUUAUCUUAAAAACCCCGAGGCAACGAAAAGGUGCAUGAGAGACGGUUGGCUCUACACAGGCGACGUCGGAGUGAUGCACCCCGACGGCUACCUGGAAAUAAAAGACCGGUCAAAGGAUAUCAUCAUCACCGGUGGAGAGAACGUGAGUAGCGUGGAGUUGGAGUCGGUUCUCUACUCGCACCCGGCGGUCUACGAGGCGGCGGCGGUGGCCCGGCCGGACGACUUCUGGGGCGAAACACCGUGCGCUUUCGUAACUCUGAAUCAAAACAUCCACGACAACGCCGAAGAGCGAAAGAAGAGUAAGCCAAGCGGGAACGAGAUAAUUGAGUUCUGCCGGGAAAGGCUGCCGCAUUAUAUGGUGCCGAAGACGGUGGUUUUCAUGGAGGAGCUACCGAAGACAUCCACCGGAAAAAUUCAGAAAUUUGCACUGAGAGGGAUCGCCAAGAAGAUGGGGACUUUAACCUUGAGUAGAAUGUGAGGGAAUUCUGCUACCUUUCGUUAUGUUUGAUUGUUUGGUUUCUUACAUUGUUUAUUUUUCAAUUCGUGGUAUAUGUAUAUAAGGUAUACUAAUAUAUACUCCAUCCCUUCCACAAAACUCUUCCUCUUUCGUUUUUUUUAUUUUCACAAAACACUUUCACUUUCUAUUAAAAAACCACUUUUACCCCUACUUUUUCAUACCCUAUCUAUCACAUCAUACUUUUUCACUAAUAAUCAAACUAUCAUAUCUUAUUUUUUCCUAUCACAUCAGGGGCAAAAUUGGAAAGUCAACCAAAAUUACACUUUUCUUAUUUUCCCCCAAAGUCAAAACCGGAAGGGUUUUGUGGAACAGAGGUAGUAGUAUACAAAAUAAUUGUGUGUAAUUCUU